UUUCCAUUCAGAAAAUGGAGAAUAAAUACCAGAAGGUACAAUCAGAGAAGGAACUAAGAGAGAGAUGUAAAAUACAGUUACCAGAUUUCUUCCUGCAUCCUAAAAACUUUAAGAAUGAUAUCCGGGACUUAUUCGGUUCCAGAUACGAGAGCUUGGCCGCUAAGGGCUCUUUAGAGUACAACAGCGUCAAAUAAAGCUUAUAUCAGCUCUAUGAAUAAACAAUAUAACCGUAACUUAAGAAAUGAAAAGAGAAAUCGUAAUGUAUCUCCUCGUAUUUUCACCAAGAAGCUUGAGCUGGUAGAUGGGGAUCUUGAUCACAAGGAAUUCCUCAAGAGGAAAAACUUGAGGAAAAGUGUGAUGACCUCUCGGAAUGACAUGAUGAGUUCUAAACUUUCCUUGAAGAAAUUCGUUGUUCAUGCCUUACGCAAAUAAAUGUAAUAGAAAUAUUGGAAAGAAUGAUCUCAAUAUUCCAAGUUAUCUCGUUGAGGAGAUCAAGAAGUCUCACCAGAGAUACAUGACAACAAUGUCGGAUAAGAGGAAUCCUAAUACUAAAAGAUUUGAUACCAAUACUAACUUCUCUCCAAGAGAUACGGCCAGACACUCAAAGAAUUUUCAAAUUAGAAAGCCAACGCCAAAUUUCAAGAAAACUCCAAAGUCAUUAAUGUCUUAUCAGAAGAAUCAGGAUAUUUUGAACAAAUUGAUAUCCUCAACUGAGGCUUCUGAUAGUAAAUUCUAUGCUCCAAAGACUCCAAAUGGAGGCAAUGGAUUCAGGACAGAAAGCUUAAAUGACUUUGAUUCAAAAAUAAGGCCUCCACAAUCAUCAAGUUGUAGAAAAUUCCCAAGCAACUCUGAAUUAGGGUUUGUAUCACGAAUAGACCAGAUCUCUAACAAGAUUUCCACAAAAUAUGGCCUAAAAAGGUACAAUCCAAGGGCAAAACAGAACAUAGAUUUGCGGAGUGACGUAAAGUUCGAAAAAGCCCUGAAAGAUAUGAUAAAGAAGGGGAAUGUGGCCAGCCAGAAGAACACAAGGGCUGAGAAGUCCAAUGACUUCUUCUCAGUCAAAGUUAUGAGCUGCUAUAUUAACAAUUUGCUUAAGAUUAAGAAAUAAUUUAUACAGAUAA